AACGUUGAUUGGUUAUCAUGGUUGUUGACUAUGGCCCGUGAACCGGAAGAAAACAUCUGAAACAGACUACAAAAAUAAAUACUCGGCACACAAGACAUGGAUGUUUAAAAGACUUGGUGUCUUCCAAGUCAGGAAUUGAGAAAGUAUCGCCAAGUUAAGGGAGAGAGUUAUACUGUGAGUCGCCAUCAUCAUCAUGGCAGACUUUGACCAUGACCAGCAGGAGCCUGCAGGACUAGAUGGCUUGCCAGCCAUGUACAGUAUUGUGAAGGGAGAGGUGGCUUCUGUACAGACCUACGGAGCCUUCAUCAAGAUUCCUGGCUACAGGAAGCAGGGGUUGGUUCAUAUCAGUGAGUUGUCAGCCUGUAGGGUUGAGAAUGUUGCAGAAGUCGUUGACGUGGGAGAGCAGGUGUGGAUCAAGGUCAUCGGGAGAGAGAUGCGUGAUGACAAGGUGAAGCUCUCCUUCUCAAUGAAAGCUGUCAAUCAAGGAACAGGGAAAGACCUGGACCCCAACAAUGUCAUAGCAGAGCAGGACGAGCGGAGGCGUAGACAGUUCAAAGAUGGUACAGGACGGAGGAUCACAUUGGAGGCUGUACUCAACACCACCUGCAAGAAGUGUGGCUGCAAAGGGCACUUUGCUAAGGACUGUUUCUCGGCGCCAGGGCUGCAGUAUGAUCUGAUACCUGAGGAGGGUGAUGAUGAGCCUCAGCAGCUACAGAAAGAGCCUAUCAACCCCAACCUCAUCCCACUCGCAGUCCGCAAAACCCAACCUCCACAGGACUCACACAAGAAGAAGAAAAAGGAGAAAAAAGAGAAAAAGGAGAAGAAGGGGAAGAAGAAGAGGAAGAGAGAGAGGAAGGAGUCCGAAAGUGACAGCAGCAGCAGUGGACCCAGUCAGGCCAAGAGAGGGCGCCAUGACGACAGAGAGGACAGAAAGAAGAAGAAACACAAGAAACACAAGUCCCACAAACACAUCUGAGACUGAUCUGACGGACUGACACACAUACAUUGCACUAAACACACACAAAUGACACUGUAGACACACAUACACACAGUUAAACUGUGGACACGCACAUACACAGCGUAGACUUGGUUGGACACACACACAAGUUGACGCAACAGUCAGAAGCCCCUCAUAGCCCCUUGCCCCUACCGUCUGACACAUGCAGAUCGAUAGAAACCUGAUAGGUGUUAGCAAUAUGGCAGCUUCCCUGAGCCCAUCGGAAAGUUAAGUAUAUAUUGCACCUAUCUAGUUCCCUCAGAUCUACCUUUAACACUGAAGAGGUUAGUGUUGUUUUCAGGAUGACAGUAUAGGUGUCUCAGAUCCCACAACACCUGGAGUUAACAUCUCAGGAACCAUAUCAAGACGUUGUAAUCUGUGCAGGCCUGUGCUGUGUUAGUAAUACGUGUAUCUGGAACCAAUCCACCUGUCCUCACUGGUCAGGUUAAAUGCAUGACAUACACUACAUGACCAAAAGUAUGUGGACACCUGCUCGUCGAACAUCUCAUUCCAAAAUCAUAGGCAUUAAUGUCGAGUUGGUCCUCCCUUUGCUGCUAUAACAGCCUCCACCCUUCUGGGAAGACUUUCCACUAGAUGUUGGAACAUUGCGGAGACUUACUUCCAUUCAGCCACAAGAGCAUUAGUGAGGUCAGGUACAGAUGUUAGAUGAUUUGGCCUGGCUCACAGACGGCGUUCCAAUUCAUCCCAAAGGUGUUUGAUGGGGUCGAGGUCAGGACUCUGUGCAGGCUAGUAAAGUUCUUCUACAACGAUGUCGACAAACCAUGCUGAAACAGGAAAGGGCCUUCCCCAAAGUGUUGCCACAAAGUUGGAAGAACAGAAUUGUCUAGAUUGUCAUUGUAUGCUGUAGCGUUAAGAUUUCCCUACACUGGAACUAAGGGGCCUAGACCGAACCAUAAACUGUCCCAGAUCAUUAAUACUCAUCCACCAAACUUUACAGUUGGUACUAUGCAUUAGGGCAGGUAGCGCUCUUCUGGCAUCCGCCAACCCCAGAUUUGUCUGUCGGACUGCCAGAUGGUGAUGCGUGAUUCUUCACUCCAGAGAAGGCGUUUCCACUGCUCCAAAGUCCAAUGAUGGCGAGAUUUCCACCACUCUAGCCGACGCUUUUACUGCCAAUCUUUGUCUAUGGAGAUUGCAUGGCUGUGUACUCGAUUUUAUACACCUGUCAGCAAGAGGUGUGGCUGAAGCAGCCGAAUCCACUCAUUUGAAGGGGUGCCCACAUACUUUUGUAUAUAUAUAUAGUGUACAUACAUCAAAGCAACACACACAGGAAGUGGUAAAGCCGUAAAGAGGAAGUGUAUAUGUGUUACAGGAGAUUCCCCAGAAACACGCCACUUCGAUACAGCUAUGACCGGAAGUUACUUUUUCGUAGCAGGCUAGGAGAAUAAGGUUAGGGUUAGCAAAAAUGCUCUCGUAACCUUCUACGAAAAGUCACGGUCAUAGCUGUAUGGAAGUGCUGUGUUUUUAGGGAGUCCCGGUCAAACAUACAGGAACCUCAUGCUUGCGAUAUCCUGUUGGUACACGCCCCUUAUUGUGUGUGAACACGUGUACUCUGCAACCAUGUCAUCCAGUACUUGAAGAUGUGUGUUUGUGCGCAAAGGAGUUUGUGUAACAUGGUCCAUAUUCCUGUAUGCAAACUAUGAGGGUCUUUAUUAAACAUUUGAACUGUCAA